UCACAUUAGAAUUGUUAUUUGUGUCUCCCUACAAGCCCACAUUGAAUGAUUUCAUGGCUCUUGGUUAUGAGGCCUGGAGGGAGGCCAGGAGGACCUUGCAGGGCUUGCUGUCAGCCAAUGAGAGCAUAAUGAGAGAUGAUGUCAGCCUUCGGAGCAGAGCAUUUGUCCCCCAGAGUUCAGCCAUCAUGCACCUUCCUGCAGACAUUGGCGAUUACACCGACUUCUACUCGUCCAAAGAUCACGCCACCAACGUUGGCAUCAUGUUCCGGGGAAAGGAGAAUGCUCUGAUGCCAAACUGGUUGAGGCUUCCAGUGGGAUACCAUGGUAGAGCAUCAUCAGUGGUUGUUUCUGGGACCCCAUCCGUCGCCCCUCGGCCAGAUGAGACCUGACCAGAUGUUGGCCCGUCUAAACAGUUGGACAUCGAGCUGGAGAUGGCCUUCUUUGUUGGAGGAGGUAAUCAGCUCGGGGAGCCUAUUCCCAUCCAGAAAGCCCAUGAACACAUCUUUGGCAUGGUACUCAUGAAUGACUGGAGCGCCAGGGACAUCCAGGCGUGGGAGUAUGUUCCUCUUGGUCCUUUCCUGGGGAAGAACUUCGGGACAACCAUCUCACCCUGGGUCAUCCCAAUGGAGGCACUGUUACCCUUUGCAGAGCCCAACUCCAUUCAGGAUCCAGAGCCCCUCCCCUACCUGCAACACCCUGAUGCUUUCACUUUCAACAUUAACCUGUUUGUGUCACUCAAAGGAAAGGGCAUGGCAGAGGCAGCAACCAUCAGCAGGUCCAACUUCAAGUACAUGUACUGGACCAUGAAGCAGCAGCUCGCCCAUCACACAGUCAACGGUUGCAACGUCAGACCUGGAGACCUGCUGGCUUCUGGUACCAUCAGUGGACCUGAUCCAGAGAGUUUUGGCUCCAUGCUGGAGCUGUCAUGGAGGGGAUCUAAGAACAUCGAUCUGGGAGGAGGAGAAACCAGAACCUUCCUGAAGGAUGGAGAUGAAGUCACCAUCACAGGUUACUGUCAAGGAGAUGGCUACAGGGUGGGCUUUGGACCCUGCAUGGGAACCGUUCUCCCGGCCCUGCAGCACUGAAACACGCUUACUGUUAUUUAGGAGGGAAUCCUUCUGUGGAGCAUAAAUACCGGAAGACACACACGUACACGCCUAGAGUAUCUCACCCUGCUUUGAUGUUCACUGGAGACAACUACAACCAAAAGCACACACUAUUCCUCUUACUCACACACACACACACACACACACACACACACACACGCACACGCACACGCACAUGCACACACACACACAAACUUUCACAAAUGUUUCUAGCUUUACUUAAUAAUUGAUGAACUUUACACCAUAGUCUCAGAAGAGUUGUACAGUGACAGUGAAAUAUUCUGCAGCAUCAUCCAGUCACAGUGUUACUGCUAUACCAGGAUCAGUGUUAUUGAUGUUUUAUAUGUGUUGGUUCCUGAUUUAUGAUGAAAAUCCUCCAAUUU